GCCAGGAUGGCGGCGGCGGUGGAGGUGGAGGGAGGCGCGGCCGCCUCACAGCGACUCCGCUCCGGUGGCUGAGGGGAGCCGGGCUCCGCGCCGCCUCGCUCCGACUGCCCGCACACCGACGGCCUUCUUCUCCCUUCUUCCUCCUCCUCCUCCUCCUGCACGGAGGGUCAGGCGGCCCUGCCCGGCCGCUGAGGGAGAAGCUUCCUUCCCCCCGGGGGAAGGGCAGCGCCAUCGGCCCAUCAUAUUUCCAGAAAGUGCCUCGAGGAAGCUUCCGUAUGUAAAAAAGAAAAAAAAAAAACAACAAACCCCUACAAGAAACACCGCGCGCUUUCUGGCAACCCGUGAAGCCAAGCUGUCAAAAUGGCAGAAAAUAAGGACAGUAACCUUAAAAACGCGGAUGUGAGACCCAAAAGCAGCCGGAGCAGGAGCGCGGACAGAAAGGAUGGUUACGUCUGGAGCGGCAAGAAGCUCUCCUGGUCCAAGAAGAGCGAGCAGGGUUCUGAUGCUGAAACAGCAAGCGCUGCAGGAAGAUCAGGGAGCAGUUUAAGGAGCCAGGAGAGGAAAUGCAGCUGCUCCUCUAUCGAGCUGGAUCUGGACCGUUCCUGCGGCCACAGGUUUUUAGGCCGCUCUCUCAAACAGAAGCUGCAAGACGCCGUGGGGCAGUGCUUCCCCAUCAAGAACUGCAGCAGCCGGCACGCCUCGGGACUGCCAUCGAAGAGAAAAAUUCAUAUCAGCGAGUUAAUGCUGGAUAAGUGUCCUUUCCCUCCCCGCUCAGAGCUGGCUUUUCGGUGGCACUUGAUCAAAAGACAUACGGCCCCUAUAAGUCCGAAAGCGGAAGACUGGAUAAUUGCUGAUUUAUCCCAGCAUGAGGAAAGGGAGGAUCAGCUGCGAGACGACGAGCUUGCCAACGGGGGAGCGGACUCUCCCUCUCAGUCCUGCGACUUCACCGACAGCGGUUCCUCGAGGGGCGAUUCGAGGUGUGAGUUGGCCACGGGUAAGGUGGGGAGGAGCAGUAAAGAUGAGAGCGAUAUGGACUCCGACGACGAAGUCAUAACACUGUGCACAAGUUCUAGAAAAAGAAACAAGCCCAAAUGGGAAACGGAUGAUGAGCUGCUAAGGAUGGAAACGCCUCCCAAAUACCAUACGCAGAUCGAUUAUGUCCACUGCCUGGUCCCAGACCUCCUCCAGAUCAAUAACAAUCCCUGCUACUGGGGAGUCAUGGAUAAAUACGCAGCUGAGGCCCUGCUGGAAGGAAAACCAGAGGGAACAUUUUUGUUACGAGAUUCUGCCCAAGAAGACUAUUUGUUUUCUGUGAGCUUCAGGCGCUACAGUCGGUCCCUCCACGCGCGGAUAGAGCAGUGGAACCACAACUUCAGCUUUGAUGCCCAUGAUCCUUGUGUCUUCCAUUCUCCUGACAUCACGGGGCUCCUAGAGCAUUACAAAGAUCCGAGUUCCUGUAUGUUCUUUGAACCGCUUUUGUCCACUCCUCUAAACAGGACUUUUCCUUUCUCUCUCCAGCAUAUCUGUCGAACGGUUAUUUGUAACUCCACAACGUACGAUGGUAUCGAUGCACUUCCCAUCCCUCCCUCAGUGAAGCUCUAUCUGAAGGAAUAUCAUUAUAAGUCGAAAGUUCGAGUACUCAGGAUUGAUGUACCAGAGCAGCAAAGCUAGAGAAUAUUUUUAUGAAAGAAUGAAAUUGUCUCGAAACAGACAAAUAGUAUGUUCGGUCUUUCUUCCAUCUAGUUUGUUAUUUUCAUAGCAAUUUGAUUUUUUUUUCCUUUUUCUGCAGAUUAUUUGACCCCCAAACUAGCCUCUGUCUAAG